AUGACCGUCACUACCGAUAACGACCGCUCCACGGCACUGAGUUUCAGCGACCACUUUGUCCAGAUCAUUAACGGGAAAGCUUCUCCGACAGAGAGGAAUCGACAUGGAAUUAACCCAGCGAAUCUGACUGCAAAAGCAGAGGUCCCUGUUGCUACGCGCAAGGACCUUGAUCUUGCCGUUGCUGCAGCAAAAGAUGCCUUCAAAGCAUGGUCGAAGGUUUCGUAUGAAGACCGAAAGAGGGCCGUUCUGGCAUAUGCGGAUGCAGUCGAUGGCCACCGUACCCAGUUCAGAGACUUGCUUAUUUCUGAACAAGGAAAGCCAAUCCCUCAAGCAGACGCCGAAACAGAGGCUGCGGUCAGCUGGAUUCGUGGCAUGGCCGGUAUCCCACUACCCGAGGAUGUUGUGGAGGAUAACGAUCAUCGAACCAUUAUCACUCGUUAUGCUCCUCUGGGUGUCGUCGGAGCUAUUGUUCCUUGGAACUUCCCUCUGCUUCUGGCUACGGGCAAAAUUGCGCCAGCCCUCCUGACCGGAAAUGUGAUCAUUGUAAAGCCCUCACCUUUCACCCCGUACUGUGGGCUGAAGUUGGUUGAACUGGCUCAACAGUUCUUCCCGCCGGGAGUGGUCCAGUCUUUGAGCGGAGACGACGACCUUGGUCCUUGGUUGACAAGUCACCCGGGUAUUGACAAGAUCAGCUUCACUGGAUCCACAGCAACGGGAAAACUGGUGAUGCAGAGUGCAAGCAAGACUUUGAAGCGAGUCACGCUGGAAUUGGGAGGAAAUGAUCCCGCUAUCGUGUUCCCGGAUGUUGAUGUUGACAAGGUCGCCGAGAAGAUAUGCCUGAAUCUAAAGCGUAUCUACGUGCACGAGACCAUCUUCGACCGCUUCAAGGAGGCCUUAGUGAAGCACGUCAAGGGGUACAAUCUUGGUGAUGGCUCGCAACCUGGCGUCACUCAUGGACCUCUGCAAAACUCGAUGCAGUAUGAGCGAGUCAAGACAUUCUUUUCAGACAUUGAGUCUCAAGGAUGGCAAGUUGCUGUAGGCGGCAACAUCGAGAAGUCUCAAGGGUACUUCAUUACCCCUACGAUCGUGGACCGCCCUCCUGAAAAGUCGCGUCUGGUUGUCGAGGAGCCCUUUGGACCUAUCGUUCCCCUCCUUUCCUGGAGCAGCGAAGACGAGGUCAUAUCCCGUGCCAAUGACACCUCAAUGGGCCUAGGAGCAUCCGUGUGGACAAACGAUUUGGAGAAAGCCGCAAAGGUUGCUAGGCAAAUCCAAGCAGGCAACGUUUGGGUCAACACACACUUCGAUCUCACACCCCUCGCUCCGUUCGGUGGGCACAAGGAGAGUGGCAUUGGAGCCGAGUGGGGUGCAAAUGGCCUGAAAGGGUUCUGUAACGUGCAGACCCUAUUUCUUAACAAGAAAGUUGUUAGUUAA